AUAGUAAUAAUAGAAAAAAAAAAUAGUAAAGAAUACGGUAUCGAACGGUAAAAAAAAAAAAAUUUUAAACGCGUAUUGUAAAUUUUAAACGGUUAUGAGGAACUGUAAAUUAAAAUAUGGAUUACAAAUAUGGAAUAUACUUUAAAGGAUUAAUAAUAAUAACUGCUGUAAAUUUAUGUAAAACUGAAAUUGAAAGAGAAAUAUUGCUUACACCGCAACAUUCACUUCAAGUUAAUGGGAAAAUUCUAUACUUUAAACCAAUCAAAAAUAUUACUUGUGAAUUAAAUGAGAACAUACCUUGGGAACAAGCUUUAAAACAUGUGACAUUUUUGACCCUUAAUAAUCACUUAAAUGAUGCAACUGAUUUAAGCGAUCUACCUGAAUAUAAGAAAUUUAUGAAUGCUACUUAUAUACAAAAUGACCUAUAUAUACCAAAAUUUGGAGAUAUUAUAACAUUAGCGAAAGGAAGAUUAGAAUCUGAUUUUACUAAUUCAAAUAUUAAAUUUAUCGAAGGAUUAUGUAAUGAAAAAUGUGAUCCAAAACAUACUCUAGCUUUUUGGCAAGUAGAAAAAAUUCGCCAAAGGGAUUCUAACAAAAAAUUUCGCUAUGAAAUCCGUUUGACAAUUAACACGAAAGAUAAUAAUAACGAAUAUAAUGAAGACGAUAGAGAAUUAGAUUCCAAAAUAGACAGUUCACAAAGUGAAAGUAGAAAUUCAGAAGUUAAAUACGAAAGAUAUGAAAUUGAAAAGAAUAAUUAUGUUAAACGAAGUCAGAGAACACCAAGAAUUUUGCGGUCAUUUAUUUUGAAAGAUAAUGACUACCCCAGCAGUUUUAGUUUCUUAGAUGAUCACCUGAUUAAAAGACAUAACAGUGCCACUAGAGCUGCAUAUCUCGAUAAAUUGAAUGCAUUCAAUGAUGUUUUUACACAGGCGAGGUAUUUUUCAACAAAUAAAAUUGCAACGGAACAUGAUUUUUCAAAAUUAAACAUUGGAGAAUACUUUAUUCCAACAAGAACAACACAUUCAACAAAAGAUAAUAAUGGAUUUCAAGGUCAAAUUGGGACAUUUAAAUCACUAGGUACCACAACAUAUCGUCCUACAUUUGAUCAAAAAUUUUCAGUAGCUAAUAAUUUUCCAUACACGUAUCACUACGAAAAUAGUGGUAUAAGUCGCCGUCCUUUAAUUACUUCAAUACCAGUAGAAUAUGACGGAUUUACUAAUGGAAAAAUUAAAGUUCAUCCGCAGCAAUCUUUUGAUUCAUUAAAAACUUCAAUCAACAGACAUUCUAAUCACCGCUAUUAUGAUUCAAAUUUUGCCAAUAAAAAUAUUCCUAGAAAAGAAUAUUUUUCAUCAGAAAUAGCGUCACCACAACCAUAUAUACCGAAUACUCAAAGCACAAUUCGUUUGAUAGAACGACCUCUAAAUCAACCUGCUGAACCGUUCAAUUAUGGUUACCGAACAUCACCAACAAUCUCAAAUCAAAUUCCAAUUCCGCCAUCACAAUCUCCAACCCAUUACAGCUUAGACACAACAUAUCCAGGUACGCCACCUCCACCAGCAUUAUACAAUCCUACAAGAGGCUUAAGUUUCAAAAAUUUGUACGAUAAAGAUGACUAUAAAAAAAGUAAUGAAGACCUAUUUUCAAGUACUGAUUCACUUUAUCGUCCUGGAAGUUUUUCUAACAUUCAUGAAGGUUCUUCAAGAAGUAAUCAAAGCGAAAACUUUAAUUUUGAAAAUAGCUUUGAAUUACAAAAAUCUCCUCAUAAAAUCAAACCGGAUUCAAUAAAUGCGCAAUUACCUCCUCCAUUAAAAGGACAAGAUAUUAAUGUGCCUUAUGUUGAUAAAAUAGGAAAAACAACUGAAACAUCCAUGUCCAGUCAACUUUCUACAUUUGGUAAGAAACAAGCAAAAAUUGUAACAAAAUCGCCACAGUCAAAUAAAAAAACUUUAACAACUCCAGAACAAACUACCCUUUUACCUGUUACACCUACCAAAAUGAUAAGAUCGCGAACUACCGCAAAACGUUCGGGUAAAAUUUCAAAACAAACACAUGACGUUAUAAAUACAGCGACUUCAACAGUUAAAAUAGACUCUGUUCGACCCAGACAUAAGAUUCAUAGAUCAACAACUGAAAGACCUGUUUUAAAGUGGAAAGCGAAACGGGGCAAAAUUACUCGAGAAUAUCCAACAUCUAAAACCCGAAAACAUGGAUCUACUCCAGCAAAAUAUGAAUUUGAAAAAGUGUAUGUUGACCAAAAAGUGGCCACAGUUACACCUAGUAAGCCUAUAGAAGAUAUGUCAAACAUUAAAUUGAAAAAUAUUGCAACAAAAAAAUCUAUAGCCACUUCUAUAACAUACAAAGUAGGUAAAGACAAAUUACAAAAGCCAUUCAAGCCUACAAUCAAAAUACCAAAUGUUGAAAUUGUUGAAGCAAAUUUAGUUAAAUUACCUACACCAAAUAAUAAUGAAAUAAAAUUAUUUAAAGCAACAGAAAAUCUCAACGAAAAGUUGAACAAAAGUAGCAAAGAAGAAAGUGAAUUAACUGAAACGAUUGUUAAUCAUGCUAGAAACCUUUAACACAGAGUCACGCUAACUUUUAAUGAAAUGUUCAGUUAAAUUAACGUGUUAUUUAUUUUUGUAAAUACUUCAACAAUUAAUCUGAUUUAAAUUAGCUUUAA